ACGUCCGCAACUAGAAGGUCAACCAUGUUCGCUCCCGCACGCCGACGCUGCGCUCAGCGCCUUGCAGCAGCAUCAAUCCAGGCACCAGAGUCAAUCCCUCCCUUUGCUUUGCCGGCUUUCCACGCACCCGUCGCCUGCAGAAGUUUCGCAACAACCUCACCAUGCCAAUCUAAGAUCGGAUCCGCGCCGCUGUCAGUACCGCCUGGGGUGUCAUUCAGAGUGAUUGCGCCGUCGGCGCGCGGGAGGGGAGCGCGAGUGCAGUCAAUGUCAACGGUGCAGAUCAAAGGGCCGCUAGGGGAGCUGUCAAUUGAGGUUCCUUCCUACGUGAACAUCAAUCAAGAUCCCUCUCUAGCCGGCCCAACGCUCUCGGUGCAGGACUCUUCGGACGCGAAGCAGAGAGCUAUGUGGGGGACAACGCGCGCCUACCUCCAGAACCACAUCCUCGGCGUCAGCGAAGGCCACUCCGCCAUCCUCCGUCUCGUCGGCGUCGGCUACCGUGCCUCAGUCGAGCCCACCGCCACCACCGUCGAGCCCGAAUACCCCGGCCAGCAAUUCGUAAACCUGAAGGUCGGAUACUCUCACCCUGUCGAGCUCGGUAUCCCCAAGGGGGUAAAGGCGAGCACGCCGCAGCCAACGCGGCUGUUGCUAGAAGGGCCGGAGAAAGAGGUGGUAAUGCAGUUUGCUGCAAGGAUACGGAUGUGGAGGAAACCAGAGCCGUACAAGGGCAAGGGCAUAUUUGUCAAUGGGGAAACGAUCAAGCUGAAGAACAAGAAGAUCAAGUGAGCGCUGGAUCUGUGCUUGAAAGUUGUACUAUAUGCAUGGCGAGUGUAUUAUAUGUGACGCUUGAUGAAGACACUGCAAAACCAUCUGGGAUCAGAUACGCACCCAUAAGCAGCGGGAGCUCACCUCCUGUGUCACUCUCAUAAAUUCCUACGUUGAUAGCGCAAAGAUCCAAUGCAGCGCAGAACAUCAGCGGCGGGAGAGGUACGGUAAAUCUGUAUAGGCAGCGCAGCAAAUACGAACUAAGAUAGUGGGUGUUACCUGGGUAGUGCCGCAUACCGCAGAUUCGGAUUAGCCCUUCUGCCCUUCUGCCCUUAAUAUUCCAUUCUAGGCAGCGAUCUUCUUGGGUGCUAUCUUC